CCACUGCCUUUGCCUCUCCCCUGCAGCCAGCCUGUGCAGCAUGGCACGCAGCGGAACCAGCGUGCUGAGGGGCCUGCUCCUUUCCAGCCUUCUGCAGCUCGCACUGAGUCACGAUGCAGUUUUCCUGGAAAAGGGGCAGGCCUUGUCACUGCUCAAGCGCCCACGCCGUGCCAACAAGGGAUUUCUGGAAGAGAUGCUGAAGGGAAACCUGGAGCGAGAGUGCCUGGAGGAGAUCUGCAGCUACGAGGAGGCGUUUGAGGCCCUUGAAUCCACGGUGCAGACGGAGGCAUUUUGGUCAAAAUACCAAGUAUGUCAGGGUCAGAGAAAGUCCAGGGCAACUCUGGAUGCUUGUCUAGAAGGUAACUGUGCUCUUGGGCUGGGCCACAACUAUCAGGGGACAAUUAGCUACACCAAAUCAGGGAUCGAAUGUCAAGUGUGGACAAGCAAGUACCCACAUAUACCUAAGUUUAAUGCCACCAUUUACCCCAACCUCAUUGAGAACUACUGCAGGAACCCAGACAACAACACAGGAGGCCCAUGGUGCUACACUCGAGACCCAACAGUGGAACGGGAGGAGUGUCCCAUCCCAGUGUGUGGUCAAGAAAGGACAACAGUUGAAUUUACUCCACGGGCCACACCACCAGCCACAGCGGGGCCCUGUGAGCAAGAGAAAGGCAUCCUUUACACUGGGACCCUCUCAGUCACUGUGUCUGGAGCCAAGUGCCUGCCAUGGAACUCUGAGAAAGCCAAAAAGGUGCUCCAUGGAAAACAACUUGACCCAGAGGUAAAGCUGCUGGAGAACUACUGCCGGAAUCCAGAUGGAGAUGAGGAAGGUGUCUGGUGUGUCACAGAGGAACCACCCAACUUUGAGUACUGUGAUCUGCACUACUGCGACAGCUCGCUAGAGGAUGAAGAGCCGGAGGGACUAUCAGGACGUACAACCCAGACUCAAGAGUUCAAAACUUUCUUUGAUGCCAAAACUUUUGGUUCAGGUGAAGCAGAUUGUGGCAUUCGUCCUUUAUUUGAGAAGAAAAAGCUAGCAGACAGAACUGAGAAGGAGCUGCUAGAGUCCUACAUGAGAGGCAGAGUUGUCCAUGGGGAUGAUGCAGAAAUUGGCAGUUCCCCCUGGCAGGUGAUGCUCUUCAAAAAGAGCCCUCAAGAGCUGCUGUGUGGUGCUAGCCUCAUCAGUGACAGCUGGAUCCUGACUGCUGCUCAUUGCCUUUAUUAUCCACCUUGGGACAAGAACUUAACUACAAAUGACAUCUUGGUGCGGAUUGGCAAGCACGUAAGAGCAAAAUAUGAAAAGAAUCAAGAGAAGAUUGCUUUGUUGGAUAAAAUCAUCAUCCACCCCAAGUACAACUGGAAAGAGAACAUGGACCGAGACAUUGCACUCAUACACUUGAGGAGACCGGUCAUCUUCAGUGACUACAUCCAUCCUGUCUGCCUGCCUACCAAAGAGAUCGUGCAGAGGCUGAUGCUGGCAGGUUACAAAGGACGAGUAACUGGCUGGGGGAACUUGAAAGAAACAUGGGCCACUAGCCCAAGCAACCUCCCCACAGUUCUGCAACAGCUCAACGUGCCCAUUGUAGAACAAAACAUCUGCAAGGCAUCCACCAAAGUUAAAGUCACUGACAACAUGUUCUGUGCAGGUUACAGUCCUGAAGACUCAAAAAGAGGAGAUGCCUGUGAAGGGGACAGUGGGGGACCCUUUGUGAUGAAGAACCCAGAGGACAGCCGUUGGUAUCAAGUGGGAAUAGUGUCAUGGGGAGAAGGCUGCGACCGAGACGGCAAAUACGGCUUUUACACUCACGUGUUCCGCCUGAAGAAGUGGCUGCGCAAAGUCAUUGAGAAACACGGGCAAUAGGAGCUCUCCUUGCUUGCUCUCAGGUUGCUACAAUGCUCC